AUGCAGGCUGAGAUGUCACAUCAUUCGGGACCGGAAAAUGCCACCAACCCACCUCACAUCGGUAAUCAAGGACAAGCCAUCCGGGACAGGAUUACGCAGGCACUCCUGCGCGCAUCGGAAAAGGACUGCAACGACUCUCGCAAUCGUUUCAUACCCCGAGCCGCUUUAAUUGAAAUAAUCAAUAUCGAAGAAGUGGGAGAAAUUCUGAAUGCGAGGGAAGAUGCGGAUCGUUGGCAAGAUGUGGCACAGGAUAUCUGUCCAGCCCACCAGGGAUGCGCCUGCGGUUGGAGGUACUGCACGGGACGACGAAUGAUCUUCGCGACACUGCUGCUCUGCCGCAGAGAAGAGCUCAUGCUAUCCCGUUUCUAUCUCGGAAAUCCACAACUCUGCGAUAAGGACCUGCCUCUCAACUCAGACUUCUUCAAUAGUACCGACCUCAAUGUCAGCGCAAGAGAGAGGGAGCUUUUUAUAUAUACGCAGUGGCAAGUGUACACGCCAUUUCUCACCGAAUUUGGCACAGGAAACAACCAGGCAGUCGAAGAGCUUCCCAUGGAGGUUUCAUUGCCCUGGAGAGAAAAAGCAAGAAUAGGAAAGCCCAUCCUAGGUGAAGUGUCUUACGUGGAACGAAUUGAGAUCUAUCCUGACAGUCAUGACUUGGACAGCGACCAAGUUUUCGCUUUGAAGACCUUCGAGCAGAGGCUAGCUGCCGGACUAUCAGAGGAGAAGUUUCAACUAGAGGUUCAGGCCAACGACGACGCGCCGAGACACAACCGCAUCGUUCGCCUUCUCUCAGCAUUCGCCUAUCGUGACCGAUAUUACCUCUUGUUUCCUUUCGCUAAUGAAGGGAGCCUGGAGAAGCUCUGGAAAUCGUACACACCAGACGGAGUCAUUCAACAUGUCACGCCAGUGAGAGUAGCAGAUUGGUAUUCGGAUGAAUGGCUUCUUGGCGAAUGCCUUGGGAUCGCCGAGGCAUUGGUGGCGACUCACAACCUCGCGGAUGAUCAUCUUGAGAGAACGAACGCUCUGUUGCAUGCGGACAUCAAGCCGGAAAACAUCCUCUGUUUUCGAGAUUCUGGUUCCGACCAGUUCAGUAUACCUGUGGUACUGAAGCUUGCAGACUUCGGGGAAGCUAGACGAUUUGAGCCGAACGAGGAUUUGAAGGCCAGCAAAGUGGCCCACGUUAAGACCUAUCGACCGCCUGAGCACUAUCCUGGAAGUCUCAUCACACUCAACUACGAUGUAUGGUGUCUUGGGUGCUUGUUUCUGGACUUUGUCACCUGGGCAAUAUUGGGCCAGGAUGGUAUAGAUUCCUUCCGAAAAAUGCGUGAGGAAGAAGAAGACGACCCAGCCGUCACUGAGGCCCCUGGACAAUUGAUCGAGGAUACGUUCUUCAAAAUAGUCAAGCAAGAGCCUACGCCUUUCCUCUUUAACAGGCUGCGCUGGGGAUGCAACAGGAAGUUGAAAGUCGAGUCGAGACGCGCCACAAUGCGAUAUUCUCUGUGGGCUGGCUCGCAUGUAAACAUUAGCUCGAGGGUGAGGGAUGCAGUUAUUUCGCAUCUGAGGGCUCUACAACAACAUGGUAGGUGCAGUGAUCAACUGAAACAAGUACUCUUGUUCGUCGGAGAGAAAAUGCUGGUUGUGGACCCUGGAGAACGCGCAAGCUCUCUCGAAGUCUACGUUUGGUUUGACGAUACAGACCAUAUAAUAUUCAAGGGACAAGAGAGCUGGAAAACAAUUUGCAAGUCAAGUUCGGCUUUCGCAAAGAGUGCCGACAAAGUCUGA